CAUCCAGGUCGUUCGAUGCCAAACGUUUCAAAGAUCUACAUCUAGCUGCAUUAGCUAAUCGAGAUCUACCAGGCAUCAUGUCCAACACCUCCAUCUCGGUCCACGUUCGUAUCCGACCACACAAACCCUCGGAUGGCACCUCCCACCCGGAUGAUGUCCUCCUGACCGACCGUACCGUCUCGGUACCGAGCGGGAACAAGCACGAUCCGACGCAGAGGUUGAAGUUCAAGUUGGAUGCCUGUCAUGGUCCGGAGAGUACGCAGGAAGAGGUUUUCGAGAAGGUCAAGCCGAUUGUGGAACAGGUCUAUCGAGGCAUAAAUACGACAGUCUUCGCCUACGGCGUGACAGGUAGCGGGAAAACGUGGACGAUGCAAGGCGCACCGAAAGAUCCGGGUGUCAUUCCAAGAGUGGUCAAACACAUUUUCAACAAGAAGUCUCGCCUAAAGAAAUCCACGUUGAAGAUCUCGUUUAGCUACGUCGAGAUCUUGGUAGAGGAGGUUUAUGACCUUUUGGUCGCCAGGAAGCCUGGGGAGACUAUGAAGAAACUAGACAUCCGAACGACAUCGACCGGGGAGAAUAUCAUCGCGGACCUGACCUCGCACGACCUCUCUUCGUUACAAGAGUUCGAGGACCUAUAUCACCGAGCGGGAUUGUCGAGAAAGACGGCAGCGACCAACUUGAAUAGUAGUAGUUCGAGGAGUCAUGCGAUUUUGACGUUGAGGGUGGAGACGACCGAGGUGGCCGAGGGGAAGACGUAUGUGGGGAAGAUCUGUCUGGUCGACCUCGCCGGGUCUGAAGACAACAACCUGACCGGGAACGAUCCUCAGCGGAUGAGAGAAUCAUCUGCGAUCAACAGGUCUUUGACAACCCUAGGAAACGUUGUAGAGGCCCUAAACAAUGGGAGCGGAAGAAUACCUUAUCGGGAUUCGAAACUCACCCGGAUACUGCAAGAUGCUCUGGGUGGAAGCUCGGUCGGCAUGUUGAUUUGUAAUCUCGCACCUGGAGACAAGUAUGCCAAGGAUACGCUGAGGACGUUAAAGUUCGCCACACGGACAAGAGAGAUCGAGAACAAGCCGGUUGUCAACGAACGAGACGACCGAGUCUUGCCUCGUCCGCAUUUCUCUGCACCGACACGGCCUAUGAUGAAGACAUCGCUAGCACCGCCCGUCCGACCGGGCAGUGCGAAAUGCAUCCCUACCAACGCCGUUGCCGGACCCAGUCGACAGCCGUUGAGACCGUCUGUCGCACCGCCUCAGCAAACGCAUGUUACUCUCGGCGAGCAGGUCCGCAGGGAAGCAAGGGAAGGCGGAAUCACGUUGACCGAAGAGCAGCUGAACGAUCGGAUCCAGACAAUCGUUAAGCAGGUCAUGACCGAGCAAGCCAAGGCCGAAUUGAAGCCCGUCGUCGAGGUCAAGCCGAUAGCUGAUCCAACUGCGGCAACGAUCGAGAGCGCGCCGGACCCGGUCAGGCAGACUUCAGCUCGGGGAGGUAGCACUGUUGCGGUCGACUUGAGCAGUUUGACGGAUGAGGAGAUUAGGUCGAGAGCGAAGGUCUUGACCAAUCUGGCCAGGCAGCACCACGACAAGCAUGAGCUGGAACUGGCGAUCAAGUAUUACAAGGAAGCCAGGGUAUACAUGCCGACCAACGAUCGGCUGAAUCGGCGGAUAACCGAGCUCGAACUGGCUCUACUGGGUCAAAUGCCUAUUCCUGACCGGGAAGGGACCAAGCCGACAACAAGCACGGCCUCGCCUGGUCAAAAGCGUAAAAGAGGCGAGAUCCAGGCAGACGACAAUGACAACGACGACGUUCCGACCGGGUCUACGAAAGCGCCACUCGAAUCAGAGCAGGAAAAGAAGCCCAGGUUGAAACGCUCAAAAGCCAAGAUCUCGUUGUCCGAGCUGACAGACGAGACGAAGGCAGAGGUCGGAGCGGUCGUCAAAAAGGUCCAGGUGCUGGGUGACCGGACUGUCCCGAACAAGGAUUCCAAGCCCAAGCCAUUGUCGGUCGUAAGCGCGAAUGAGAAGAACAAACUCAAGCCGACGUCGAUCUCGGCCAAACCGGAGAACAAGCUACCGGGAAACGUUAUGGCUGUCAAGGCAAAGGCCGAGGUCGUCAAGAUGAUCUUUGAUGAGGACAAGGAGAAUGGCGGACCGGGACCGGCUGCCAAACGGACUCGACAGGUCAGAAAGCCUGUGGCGGUCUUGCUGGACGAUAGUUAUCAGCAGAGUGAUGACGGGGAGGAGAGCGACGAGUACAUGCCAGAGGUGGUUGCUCGACGACCUCGACGAAAGAUCGGAGUUCGGGCUUGAGGCCGGAGAUGCGACUGCGAAAGGCCCAAGGGGUUGUGGCAAUAACGAUGUUUAACGAUAAU